AUGAAUAUAUUGACAUGGAAUUGUAGAGGUGCUGUAACUAAUAAGUUCAAGAGCACCUUUAACAGGUUUAGGAAAAAAUAUGGGGUUGGAGUGGCUGCUAUUUUGGAGCCAAGGGUGAGUGGUAAUAAGGCUGUUAAUAUAAUUAGGAGGCUUGGCUUUACUAAUUACAUUAUCUCUGAUGCUAAAGGCUUUGCUGGAGGCAUAUGGAUCUUAUGGGAUCCUUUGGAUGUACAUAUUUCUUUGAUUAGGAAAGAUGACCAGUUUGUUCAUGUUUGGGUGGAAUUUCCAGGCAAGAGAGGUUUUUAUUGGACUGCUGUGUAUGCUAGUCCAAAAGAGGAUAGGAGGUUUUUUCUUUGGGAAGAUUUGAAACACCUUGGUAGGAACAUGAAUGAUCCCUGGAUGAUGUCAGGUGAUUUUAAUGAGAUAGCUUUUGCUUCUGAAAAAAGAGGAGGUGCUCCAGUUGAUCUUAGAAGGUGUAACAGAUUUAACAAUGUGUUGAACUCAUGUGGUGUUAUGGAUUUAGGGGGAGAAGGUAACAGGUUUACAUGGAAAGGGCCCAAGUUUCUUCACUUGAAAAGGAUUUUUAAAAGGCUGGAUCGUGCUGUUGCUAAUGAGCUGUGGAGAAAUUGUUUUGAUCUAGCUGAUGUGGUGAAGGUUUGGAACAGGGAAGUGUUUGGAUUCAUUGAGCAUAGGAGAAAUAGGGUGACUGCUAGGCUGGAGGGUAUUCAAAGGAUGUCUAAUUCUACAUGGCAUAGUCAUUUAGAAGACCUGGAGGGCAAAUUGAGAAAAGAGCUAGCUGAGAUCCUGGACCAUGAAGAGCAAAUCUGGUUUCAGAAAUCAAGGGAUGAUUGGAUUAAGGAUGGAGAUAGGAAUACCCGUUUCUAUCACACAAGUUGGGUGACUGGUGAGGAAGAUCUGAUUGAGUUAGCCAGAGACUACUUUCAGAAUCUGUUCAAGGAGGAGAGGUCUAUGUCAAGCGGGUUUCAAACCUGUUCCACUUGGCCUGUUAUCAGUUUGGACCAGAAGCUGCUUCUAUCCUUAGAGAUUACUGAUGAGGAGAUCAAGAAGGCCUUUUUCCAAAUGCCUUCUUUGAGAGCUCCAGGGCCAGAUGGGUUUCCUGCCUUGUUUUUUCAUAAAAAUUGGGGGUUGCUAAGACAUCAGAUCAUUGGUUGUAUGAAGUUUUAUCUGCAGCAUCCAGAUCAGAUAAGGGAGAUUAAUCACACUCUGAUUGCCCUCAUUCCUAAGGUAGAUAGGCCCUGCUCGAUGAAACAGUUUAGACCUAUUGCUCUAUGCAAUUCUAUCUACAAAGGUUUGAGUAAGAUCCUGGCAAAUAAAUUAAAACCUCUCCUAGGUGACCUCAUUUCACCUAAUCAGGAUGAAUGGAAGAAAAGUUUCUUCUCACUGAAGAUUGAUUUGGAGAAAGCUUAUGAUAAGCUUGAUUGGAGGUUUAUCAAAUCUGUAUUGGAAGACUUGAAGCUGCCUGGUGACUUCACUGAUGCUAUUAUGGGAUGUGUAACAUGUCCUUACUUUGAAGUGCUAUGGAAUGGGGCUAGAACUCCUGGGUUUUAUUCGCAGAGGGGUAUAAGGCAAGGGGAUCCCCUAUCCCCUUACCUUUUUGUUCUCUGUAUGGAGAAACUCACACAUUUGAUAUUGGAUGAGGUGGGGAAUAAGAAGUGGCUUCCUAUUAGAGCUGGCAGAAAUGGUCCCUUUGUUUCACACUUGCUCUUUGUAGAUGACAUUGUUCUCUUUGCAGAGGCUUCUAGCAGUCAAUUGGAGUGCAUAACUGGCUGUUUCGAGAAAUUUGCUAAUAUGUCUGGCCAGAGUGUUAGCUUGGAGAAAUCCUGCAUCUUCUUUUCUAAGAAUGUAGGACAGGAAGCAGAAGAAUUAAUUACUAGGGUUAGUGGAUUUAAGAAAGUUAAGAAUGUUGGUCGUUAUUUGGGAGCCCUUAUGAGAAUUACUCUAGCCAAGAGUGUCAUUUCUGCUAUUCCUGUAUACCAUAUGCAAAAUAGUAUGCUCCCUGUUCAUGUGUGUAAAGAGAUUGAGAAAAUCCAGCGUUGCUUCAUUUGGGGUGAUUCUGAGGAUAAGAGGAGAGCUCACUAUGUGGCUUGGGACCAGAUGUGCCUGCCAAGGGAGUGUGGAGGACUUGGUAUCAUCAACCUCAGAACCCAAAAUGAGGCAUUCAUGCAGAAAAUUGCUUGGCAGCUCACAAGUGAUCAAGAGAGCCUUUGGGCCAAGGUAAUGGGAAAUUGGAAACUGAUGGAGAAGUACCUAGAUGAAGCCACUCUGUAUAGACUGUGUGAUAUUUGUCCACCUGCUCCUGUUAAUGCAGAAGAUUGGCUUGUUUGGAGAAGAAGCUGCCCAAGUAAAUCCCUUGUUCGAAAUGCCUACUGUCAAAGUUUUGACCUCAACAUUAGUAAGGAUCAGAUUUGGUCUAAGCUGUGGAAAUGGAGAGGCCCCUAUAGGAUUGCUGUGUUCCUAUGGAAUGCUGUGGUCCAUGACACUUCUUUCUCCUGGCCAAAUAAUCCUGUGUUUAGGAUUCUGUGUUACUUGAAGGAAAUGAAACUGACUUCUGGUGUUGAUCCGUUCAUAGUUGAUAACUCUGUGCCUGUUUCAGCCCUGGGAGGUCCAGCUCAUCUAGCUGAGAUGGAAGGAAUCAAAGUUUAUGUUGAUGGUGCUGUCAAUAUUUUUUCCAGAAUUGGUGCUUGUGGUGGAGUCAUCUGCACAACUAGUGGAGUUUGGCUAGGGGGUUUCGCAUUCAACAUUGGUUCCUGCACCAUUUUGGAAGCAGAAUUAUGGGCAAUCUUUCAUGGACUCAAACUUGCUGUUGAUUUGCAGCUCUCAAAUGUGUGGCUAGGCAGUGACAGCAAAGAAGCACUUCUUUGCUGUGAUCCUAAGGCUGGUCUGAUUUCAUCCUCCCCCUUGGUGCAGAGACUGUUAAAAGAGAUCCAUGGUUUCGACCAAGUUAAACUGGAAUUUAUUCCAAGGCAUUUGAAUUGCUGUGCUGACAGUUUAGCUAAAUUAGGUUUCAAUAGUAGGGAAGGAGAGUUGGUGUUUUUUCACUCUCCUCCCACUAGUAUUCUUCCUUUUUGGAAUGAGCUUUGUAAAGAAUUUUUGUUGGAGCAUGUUUCUGUGAACAUGCUUAAGCUUUCUAUAUAG